AUGGUUAAAUUAACUCAAAUUGACGACGAAACUCAACAACAAUUUGAAAAUCAAUCAGUUGCUAAAAACAAUCAUAUUAUUGAUGAAGCUAGUUCCGAAGAAGAAUCCGAUGAUGAUGAUGAAUCAGAUCUUGAUGAUUUUGAUUUUGAAAAUGAAACAUUAUUAGAAAGAAUUGUUGCUCUUAAAGAUAUGGUUCCACCAGAACAAAGAGAAGCCAUAUAUAAUUUAUCAUCAACUUUACAAGGUUUAUUUAAAUCUAGUGUUCAAAAUGGGGGAAAAUUUUUAUGGACAUUAACUUCAAGUUCUUUAUUAUUAGGAGUUCCUUUAGCUUUAGCAAUUUUAUCAGAAACUCAAUUACAAGAAAUGGAAAGAGGUAUGUCAUUAGAAAAAUCUGCUCAAGAUGUUUUAGCUCCUGGAUCUGAAGCUGCAUUUGGAAAUGAAAAUAAGAAAUAA